CAUGUUAUAGGGAAGGGCAAUUCAUAUGCAUUAUAGUAGACAUGAUGUUGUCACUUGUAAUAGCAGCCGCGUGGCUGACCAUUUCUUCAACGGCACUGGGAUCCAACUCGACCUUCUACAACCCAAUAAUUCCAGGAUUCCAUCCAGACCCUAGUUGUAUUUUCGUCCCUGAGUGGAAUGAUACCUUCUUCUGCGCAUCAUCCAGUUUCAAUGCAUUCCCCGGCAUUCCCCUUCAUGCUAGCAAGGACUUGCAGAAUUGGAAACUAGUCGGGCAUGUUUUGAAUAGAAGAGAACAGCUUCCUCGAAUUGCAGAGACAAAUCGAGGCGCAGCUUGGCUGACGGAAUUAAGUGGCAUCUGGGCGCCAACAUUGCGCUACCAUGAUGAUACUUUUUGGCUUGUGACGACUCUCGUAGACGAUGACAGAGACGCGGCAGAUGCUUCGAGAUGGGACAACAUCAUCUUCAAGGCGCGAGAUCCCUUUGAUCCGGAAUCGUGGACCGACGCGAUUCAUUUCGAGUUUGAAGGGUAUGAUACGGAGCCAUUCUGGGACGAUGAUGGUAAGACGUAUAUCAAUGGUGCUCACGCCUGGAAGAUUGGGCCGUGGAUUCAACAGGCGGAGGCCGACCUCAACACUGGAGAGGUCGGCGAAUGGAGGACUAUUUGGAAUGGAACGGGCGGCUUGGCACCGGAGGGACCACACAUAUAUCGUAAUGACGGCUACUACUAUCUACUGGCUGCCGAAGGCGGCACUGGACUCGGUCACAUGGUCACGAUGGCCCGCUCAGAGAAUGUUGGCGGCCCGUACCUGUCAAACCCGUUGAACCCUGCCCUUACCAACGCCAACACAACCAAUUACUUUCAAACUGUCGGACAUGCCGACUUAUUCCAAGAUGCUUCUGGCAAUUGGUGGUGCGUCGCUUUAUCCACGAGAUCAGGACCAGAAUGGCUCAACUUCCCAAUGGGACGUGAGACAGUCAUGACUUCGGCAACGUGGAGCGAAGGGGAAUGGCCAUACUUUACCCCUAUCGAAGGGAAGAUGAGUGGCUGGGAAAUGCCGUUAGAGAAUCUGGAUAUUGAGGGAUCUGGCCAACUGAUCUCGCUGGGAGAAGUCGAAGGUGACGCUUUUGACUUCGCCCCCAAUUCGGCCAUUCCAGACCACCUCACGUAUUGGCGGUUUCCAAUCGAAAGCUCAUACACAGUCUCGCCCCCUGAAAGGCCCAACAGCUUACGCCUAACGCCCUCCAAACUCAAUCUUACCGCUCUCAACGGGAACUACGCGGGUCCAGAAGGGCAGACAUUCAUUGGUAGAAGACAGCAAGACACACUCUUUACCUACAGCGUCGAGCUGGACUUUCAACCCACAAAGGAAGAGGAAGAAGCUGGCGUUACGGUCUUUCUUACGCAAAACCAUCACCUUAACUUAGGUGUUGUCUUGCUACCCGCGAGCGCGAGUACUCAAGCCUUCCCGGGCCAAAAUCCAACGACGGGGGGAAGCCCGAGUGAACUCAAGCUUCAUUUCCGGUUCCGAGGUAUAUCGUAUGUUCCUGUCCCUGCGGAUAUUGUGGCACCCGUACCAGAGGAUUGGGUCGGUAAGCCACUGAGCUUGGAGAUCAAGGCGGUGAACAUGACGCAUUACUCGUUCUCUGCAGGGCCGGCUGGAGCAGCUUCCCAGGCCAAGACCAUUGUCUAUGCCUCCAACGAUGCAGUGAGCUGGGGAUUUACAGGUGUCUUUCUUGGUGCCUACUCGACCAGCAAUGGUGGUGCUGGAGAUACGCCUGCUUAUCUCUCGAACUGGAAGUACACUCCUCAGGGGCAGUUCAGAGAUUAAGAACCACCACAAGCAUAUCAUGUUAUUUGGAAGUCAUAUGUGGUCUACGAGCAAGCUACGUGACGUUACUC